GAGCCGGGAACCGAUAUAUUAUAGACCCAUAAAAAAACCCCACCAUGUCGGUUGCCUUUGCUUCUGCUCGCCCAAGAGGCAAAGGGGAGGUCACCCAGCAAACUAUCCAGAAGAUGCUAGAUGAAAAUCACCACCUAAUACAAUGUAUUAUGGAUUAUCAGAGCAAGGGGAAAACUGCAGAAUGUACUCAAUACCAACAAAUCUUGCACAGAAACCUGGUCUACUUGGCAACAAUAGCAGAUUCCAACCAGAAUAUGCAGUCCUUGCUUCCUGCUCCACCAACGCAAAACAUAAACUUGGGCCCAGGAGGAAUGACUCAGAGUGCAUCAAACCAAUCUCUCCAUUCACAGAGCAAUCUCAGUGAUGCAAUUGGGACGGGCCUUCCUCCUUCCUCCCUCAUGCAGAGUCAGAUUAGCAAUGGUCCUAAUCACGUGUCUAUGCAGCAGUCAGGCCAGAACACUAUGCCCACGACCUCUCUGAGUAUGACUGUCAGCAGUCAUGGAACUGGGCCUGGUUAUAGCCAUACAGUGCCUGCAUCUCAGAAUGUGCCAAUGCAAGGCCAGGGGUCAAUAGGCAAUUAUGUCUCUCGAACAAACAUCAACAUGCAGUCUAAUCCAGUCUCCAUGAUGCACCAGCAAGCAGCAACGUCACAUUACAACUCUGCGCAAGGAGGGAGCCAGCAUUACCAGGGGCAGUCCUCCAUUGCCAUGAUGAGUCAGAGCAACCAAGGCAACAGCAUGAUGGGUCAGCGACCAAUGGGCCCUUACAGGGCUUCACAGCAAGGUUCCUCACAGCAGUACAUGGGUCAGGAAGAAUACUACAGUGAACAGUACAGUCAUGGACAAGGCUCAUCAGAACCUAUGAAUCAGCAAUACUAUCCAGAUGGACAUGGUGAUUACGCCUAUCAGCAGUCAUCCUAUACUGAGCAGAGCUAUGACAGGUCGUUUGACGACUCUACACAACACUAUUAUGAAGGAGGAAAUUCUCAGUACAGCCAGCAGCAGGCAGGAUACCAACAGGGAGCUGCACAACAGCAAACGUAUUCCCAGCAGCAAUACCCAAAUCAACAAAGUUACCCAGGACAACAGCAAGGAUAUGGUCCUGCACAAGGAGCCUCUUCACAGUAUUCCAGCUACCAACAGGGACAGGGGCAGCAAUAUGGAAGUUACAGAGCUUCGCAGACAGGCCCGUCCGCUCAGCAACAGAGGCCUUACGGCUAUGAGCAGGGACAAUAUGGAAAUUACCAGCAAUAA